AUGAAGUACGAUCUCGACGAAACCUUUGGAGUAAUCUUCAAAGAAAGCAUUUCUGCCCUCCUGGAUCAGCUGAUCGAUAUUCAAAGACACAAGGUUAAUCGCGAUGACUCGGAGCGGUGGGUGCAACGUUUGCGAUUCAUAGAUAUCUCUAGCGUCCCAGAUUUGACGCAAAGCGAUGAUGGACUACUCGUCAAGUACAGUAAAAACACCAAGUCGACCUGUGACAGAGAGAAACCGUUGCUUGUUCUUCCCCUCAGGGAACAGGGAGAAGAUGACGGUGAAACACAAUAUGUUGCUGUAUCCUGGAAGUGGAUCAAAAGCGGCGAACAGUCACCGCCAUGGGGUUACGAUGUUAGAGAGAGCUUCGAUUACCGGAUCCAGCGAUCGGGCCAACCCGCACGCAAGAGCGAGUUUCCCGAUCAUUAUCUAGAACGAGUGAUUAUGUUUGCUCAGUUUCACGAGAUUGACAAACUCUGGAUCGACAAGGAAUGCAUCUACCAGGAAGAUGAUAAUGAUCGCAGGCUAGGAAUUCAGAUCAUGGAUGAGGUUUAUGGGGGGAGUACCUGGUCGCUGGGGCUACUCACCAUUCCACUCAUGCAUCACAAAGAUGUCGUCAUACUCAACGAGCUCUUGUCCAGAUCCAUCUUUGAAAAUCCAAAAGACAAUGAAGCACCACAAUACAAGCACGGCCUCGGCACGAGGAUCAUGGAAACCCAAAUGCUUAUUCUUCAAAUACUGAACGAUCCGCGAUGGUCGCGCGGUUGGAUCUUCCAAGAGGAUCACUUGGCCUCGGACAGAAUGGUUAUCUUCAUUCCUCACUCGAGUCAUGUUGAGACGGAAGGUCUAUCGUAUGAAUUUGGAACGCUCCCAGGUAAUCUUCGGAUCAAACUUUCUGAUCUUCGGCAAUCCGUCACCAUGUUCUGCUUGGCGAAUGGUGAGAAUGAGUCCCAGUGGCCCAACAACGAGAUGCUGUCGAGGUUGAAGCAAUACAACAUAUCGAACAAGGAGUCACACAAGACGGAGCUGGACCCUACAAUCACGCACAAAAUGCGUUCGUGGGCAGAAGGUAAUACAUACGGUUGCAAGACAAUCCAAACGCAAACGAUGAACUGCUAUAACGAGUCCAUCUAUCCAAGCAGUACAUUCAGUAUAUUCGCCGAUAUACAUAACCGCUCUCUACAGAAUAUGGAGGAUAGAAUAUCCAUCAUGGCCAACGCCGCGAAAUUUUCAACACGCCUCGACGUCACCCCAAACUCCCCCCUCGUAAAGCGCGACUACAGUCUAUCAGCCAUCCUCCUAGCCCUGAUCGUACUCAACGGCGAGAUCCUAAGAACCGACAUCCCCCUCAACGAAAACGACAUCAUGAAAUACACACUACAAGACUACCUCAAGAAAGUGCAGUACAAAUUCAACGCCCCGAUACCCAGAAUGAGCCAAACGUACAUCGAUCACUGCCGCUUCAACUCGCCCAAAAUCACACACCGCGGUAUCGAAGUAAAAGGCUUCCUGUACAAACUCGUCGCAUACGAUAAUCCCAACACACCAAACCCCCUAAAAGUAACCGACACCGACCGCAAACUCCUCGAACCCUUCGCCAAACACCCAAAUUUAAAGCCCCAUCCGGGAAGGACCCUCGCCCCCCUCGCCGAUGUGGUAAUCCUCGUCCUCAUCAAGAACCUAGACGAGUACUUCGGCCCAAACAGCCCGCUAUCAGACUUCCUAAACCACAACCUCGAUCUCGAUCGCACACUGCGCCGGUCGGAAAAGCCCGCCACGUCCUACGUCCUGGACAUGAUGCUCGGCAUCGUUCGCGCCCUGCUCGUCGGCCGCGAUCUGUGCUUCGCACGCUUAGUCGGGGAGCCUGACUGCGCGCCCCCGUCUGCGAUUGUCAUUGAGCCCCUGCGCGCGGAUGGGUGGGUCGGAGGACAGAGCAGUGGUGAUGGCGCGGGGCCGUCGUACGUGUUUACUAGCUGGGAUAAUGGGUGGCGGGACCAUGGUAUGCAGCGGUUGGCGAGUAUUGAUGUGGGGCCUUUUUCGGGGGGUGAGGUGGAUGGGCGGGAUAAUGUGCUGAGGAGUUAUGGGUGGGUGAAUGGCGUGUUUGACUUUAAGGGUGGGGAGAUGGGGACGAAAAAAGAAAAGAACAAUCGGGGUAUAUCCAAUAGUGCGCCCAGCCGCCCAUUGCCCCGUGAACGCCUAGUAUGUCGCAGUGUUCAUGACACUGUCGAACAAUAA